AUGACCACCUCCACCUUCAACCCUGUUCCGGCUGAAUCUGUGCCAGAGAAAGAUGGAUUGAUCCAUGGAGUCUCAGCUGCAGAGCUGCAAGAUAUUGGCCAGAAAUGCCUUGACGCAAAGGCGACAGCCUACUGCCCAUAUUCCCUCUUCCGCGUGGGAGCUUCACUCCUCCUGCAUGACUCUGCCACCUCUGCCGGCGCCCCGCGCAUCAUAACCGGUGCCAACGUCGAAAAUGCAGCCUAUCCUGUUGGAACGUGUGCGGAGCGUGUCGCCAUGGGCACAGCUGUCGUUUCUGGACAUAAGCUUGGUGACUUCAAAGCUGUAGCCGUAGCUACCGAUAUGGACGAGUUUUGCUCGCCCUGUGGCAUGUGCCGACAGUUUCUGCGCGAGUUUCUGGGCUUGGACGUUCCCAUAUUCAUGUUCAGCAAGGAAGGAAAGUUUAUUGUGAGAACAAUGGGCGAGUUGUUGCCGCUGAGCUUUGGGCCUGACGUAUUGCCGCCUAGAGAGGAGCUAAAGAAGGCGCAGGAGAAAGAGGCACGGGAUGACUAG